GUUGAGGUGAGCGCGUGAGCUGAGCUGCGUCCCCACGUGCUGUGCGCGUCGCAGUGGGGAGGGGUCCAAAGCGAAAGGCGGUGCGGGGAGCGUCGCCUCGCCCGGCGGAGCCGCGCGUAAUGCUGUGCGGGCUCCGCGGAGGAGGAUGCUGGAUCAUGAAGCGGCGGCCGACGUGCGGCUGGUCCAGCAGAUCGGCGCGAGCAUGAAGAUCCAGGGCGGCGGCGGCGGCGAGCACGUCGGUUGCAGCAAGGUCGGAGACGGCCAGGUCGUGUGCUUGCAAUGCCAGGAUGAGGUGGUGCGGGUCUGCCCGGGCAGCCCGCGCAGUCCCCGCCGCGCCUUCACCACGCGCCUCUCCUCCGGGUCCGCAGACCGUGAACCCAGCAGCAGCAGCUACAACGUGUCUUCAGGAACAUUUUACAGCUGCGUCAGUCAGAUCACCAUCGGGUUUGACCUUGGGGGUCAGGUGGCGAUUGGCUUUACCCAUUGGAAGAGUCCCGUCCAAUCGAGCAGCCGGAAUCUCCACAGUCCGGAUGGCGUUCGCUCCGAGGCUUCGGCGGCCCCACCCAUCGGCGAGCAUGCGGAGCCGAUGUCCUGCCCGGCGUCGCUCUCCGUCAACCCGCUGCCCACCUGCAGCGCCAGUCAGGAGACGCUGUGCGACAGCAGCACAAAUGUGAGUUUAUCUCUACAUGGAUCUGAGCCCAAGCAGCAGAGCCCGCACCGACACAGAGAGCUGCAGCGGCCCUCGGCCUCUGGCUACCAGCCAGCCGGCAGACCCCUUGCUUUCCGGUACCGAGAGAGGGACGGCGUCAUGGAGGAGUCGUCGGCCGAAACCCUGGACUCCAGCACUCAGGGCGACGUGCCUCCACUGGCCGUGAAGGACGUCCAGGUGGUGCUGCAGAAAGAAAGGUCAGACGGCAUCAGCACCCCGUCCAGAGACGACGACUCCACCCUCCAGAACCCGGGAACUCACAGCAGCAUCCUGGAUGACACCAGCAAGUCGCAGUCAGCCGUCCCGCAGAGGAGGAACAAAUCGACUGGUCUUUGCUUCGGCGACGGAAAAAGUCUCAUAGACUACAUCCUGGUUUACAGGAAGUCCAGCUCCCAGUCCGAGAAGAGGGAGAUGUUUGAAAGGAACAUCCGCGCCGAGGGGCUACACAUGGAAAAGGAGGCCUCUUUAACAAACAGCGAUGUGAUCUUCCUGAAGCUGCAUGCGCCGUGGGAUGUUCUCUGCCGCUAUGCGGAGCUGAUGAACAUCCGCAUGCCAUUCAGGAGGAAGGUCUUUUACAUGCACAGACGACACAAGUUUUUGAGCAGGAUGGAGAAGCGCAUCAACAAGUUUCGGGGAUGGCUCCCCCGCAAGCCUAUGAAGUUUGACAACGACACUCUGCCCUACUUGGAGGAGAACGAAAGCUUCACGGCUCCCUUCAGUCGAUCGAGGAUCCAUCAUUUCAUCAUCCACAACAAAGACACGUUUUUCAACAACGCCACCAGAAGCCGGGUCGUCCACCACAUCCUUCAACGGGUCAAAUAUGAGGAGGGGAAAAACAAGAUGGGACUGAAUCGUCUUCUGACCAACAACUCGUACGAGGCAGCAUUCCCUAUUCACGAGGGUAGCUACCACAGCAAAAACUCCAUCCGGACCCACGGAGCAGAGAACCAGAGGCACCUCCUGUAUGAAUGCUGGGCCUGGUGGGGGGUCUGGUACAAGUACCAGCCGCUGGACCUCAUCAGGAGGUAUUUUGGCGAGAAGAUCGGUCUUUACUUCGCUUGGCUCGGCUGGUACACGGGGAUGCUGUUCCCUGCGGCCGUGGUCGGGCUCUUUGUGUUUCUCUACGGGGUUUUCACACUGGAGCACUGCUCGGUCAGUAAAGAAAUCUGCCAGGCCACCGACACCAUCAUGUGUCCCAUAUGCGACCAGUACUGCCCCUACCUGAGGCUGUCAGACAGCUGCAUCUACGCAAAGGUCACCCAUCUCUUUGACAAUGGAGCGACUGUUUUCUUUGCCGUAUUCAUGGCGGUGUGGGCAACAGUCUUCCUGGAGUUCUGGAAAAGACGAAGAGCUGUCUUGGCGUACGACUGGGACCUCAUAGACUGGGAGGAGGAAGAGGAUGAAAUCAGACCCCAGUUUGAGGCCAAAUACUCCAAGAAGGAGCGGAUGAACCCCAUAUCUGGAAAGCCCGAGCCCUACCAGGCCUUCACCGACAAGUACAGCCGCCUUCUCGUCUCGUCGUCUGGAAUAUUCUUCAUGAUACUGGUGGUGAUCGCAGCCGUGUUUGGCAUCGUGAUCUACCGCGUGAUCACGGUCAGCACCUUCGCCGCCUUCGGCUGGGCGCUCAUCAGGAACAACUCUCAGGUGGCAACUACAGGCACGGCAGUCUGCAUCAACUUCUGCGUCAUCAUGCUCCUCAACGUGCUUUAUGAAAAAGUUGCCCUUUUCCUCACAAAUUUAGAGCAGCCAAGGACGGAGUCAGAGUGGGAGAACAGUUUCACCUUCAAGAUGUUCCUCUUUCAGUUCGUCAAUCUCAACAGCUCGACUUUCUACAUCGCCUUCUUUUUGGGAAGAUUCACUGGUCGGCCAGGCGCAUAUCUACGCCUCAUCAAUCGCUGGAAGCUGGAGGAAUGCCAUCCCAGUGGCUGCCUGAUUGACCUCUGCAUGCAGAUGGGCAUCAUUAUGGUACUGAAACAGACGUGGAACAACUUCAUGGAGCUCGGCUACCCGCUCAUCCAGAACUGGUGGACUCGACAGAGGUUAAAGAGAGAGCACGGCCACAUCCCCAAGGCCAGCCUCCCCCAGUGGGAGCGGGACUACAACCUGCAGUCAAUGAACGCAUACGGACUGUUUGAUGAAUACCUGAAGAUGAUUUUGCAGUUCGGCUUCACCACCAUCUUCGUGGCCGCGUUUCCUUUGGCUCCUCUCUUGGCGCUGAUCAACAACAUCAUCGAGAUCCGUUUAGACGCCUACAAGUUCGUCACCCAGUGGCGGCGACCUCUUCCAUCACAAGCCAAAGACAUUGGAAUCUGGUAUGGCAUUCUGGAGGGUAUCGGCAUCUUGUCUGUCAUCACCAACGCCUUUGUCAUCGCCGUCACCUCGGACUUCAUCCCUCGUCUCGUUUAUGCCUACAAGUACGGACCGUGUGCCGGUCAGGGUCGAGCAGGGGAGGGGUGUAUGAUGGGUUAUGUAAAUGCCAGUCUGUCUGUCUUCCGAGUUUCUGACUUUGAGAAGAGAUCCCAGCCAAGAACCAAUGGUUCUGAACUGUUUGAAGAAGCUGUGAAGUACUGCAGGUAUCGGGAUUACAGGGAGCCUCCGGACUCAACUGAGCCAUACACCUACACUCUGCAGUUCUGGCACGUCCUGGCAGCCCGGCUGGCGUUCAUUAUUGUUUUUGAGCAUAUGGUCUUCGCCAUAAAGACCCUGAUUGCAUACCUAAUCCCGGACCUGCCCAAGGACCUGCGGGACCGGAUGCGCCGAGAGAAGUACCUGAUCCAGGAGAUGAUGUAUGAGGCCGAGUUGGAGAGAUUGCAGAAGGAGAAAGAUGAGAAGAAGAAGAAAGACAGGGCCCACCAUAAGGAAUGGCCUUGAAUACAACUGUCUGCUACAUUCUUGGAUUGGUUGUAAAAGAAAUGGAGGAGUUCUGCAUGUACUGGAUCGUCAAGUCUUCCUCCUGCCAUGUUAGACCAGCACCUCCUGUUGGACAAUUACAGAACUGCAUCUAACACAGAGCGACCAUGGAGCCUCUGUGUCAGAACCCCUCAGCACACGGGACUUUUGGCAGCCAAUUUUGCAACUUUUUCUCUCUUGUUCAGACUUUUAGCAGUAUUUGGCUUCAGCUCCUGAAUGUAGAUUACAAGCAAGAAUAAAACUUUAUUCCUUUGUAGGCGACUGGAGCUGCUCUGCGGAGCGUGACGAAUGAUAAGCCUUGUUUACAUUUCUCCUUGUUUUAGGAGUUUACAUUUUUUGUUUUUGCUUUAUUGUAAAUAAAAUGUUGAAAUGAAUGAAUGUCAGGCCGUACGCUCUGCUGUAGUGUAGUGCAAUAACAAUAAAAGUCACAUAGAUGAGGUUUCUUCUAUUGAUGCUGCUGUGGUACUUUCUACAGUUUGCUGUAAACAGAGGCUCAGAUUAAUACCUGCAGUAAUAAACAUUUAUUUUGA